UCGGUCUUAAAGUGACAGUGCACUGAUUCAGCGCUCUCUGUCCAGCAUCUCAGAGGCUGCUGUCUCUUUAAGAGCCCAGAGCUCGCUCUCAAUGAAAGCUGAGCAGUCAGAUGCACGUUUCUCUCUUUUUGAGUGUAUUGUAAAGCGUGUGGGUCAAUAGGAGGUGGAUCUGGCGCACCAGGAGGCCGUUCCAGAUUCCGCGCGAGCAAUUGGCUGCUCGUGACCUUUGUUUGUCCGCGCGCCCCGGUCACGCACGCCACGCAUUCGGGAUGUCUCGUGCUCAUCGGGUUCACCGGUGCGCUCGCGACCUCGCGGAAGAUUAGCGAGAUCAUCCACACACUCAGUCCGCAGUGCGCAACGCGCAGCUCAAACUAGAACCAGAGAGAGAUUAACGGCAACCGGAGAGAUGGCAGAGAAGCGGAUGUCGCGCUGGUAUUUCGGGGGGAUCGCGUCGUGCGGAGCCGCCUGCUGCACGCACCCGCUGGACCUGGUCAAGGUGCACCUGCAGACGCAGCAGGAGGUGAAGAUGAGGAUGGUUGGCAUGGCGAUGCACGUGGUGAAGAACGACGGCGUGCUGGCGCUCUAUAACGGCCUCAGCGUCCUCUGCAGACAGAUGUCGUAUUCUCUCACCAGGUUUGCCAUCUAUGAGACGGUCAGAGACAUGAUGGGCAGCGGCGGUCAGGGACCCAUGCCCUUCUAUCAGAAAGUCCUGCUGGGCGCGUUUGGAGGCUUCACCGGCGGCUUCAUCGGGACUCCGGCGGAUAUGGUUAACGUUCGGAUGCAGAACGAUGUGAAGCUUCCCGCAGAGCAGAGGAGAAACUAUAAACACGCGCUGGACGGACUCUUCAGGGUCUGGCGGGAAGAGGGAACCAGGAAGCUGUUCUCAGGAGCCACUAUGGCGUCCAGCAGAGGAGCCCUGGUCACAGUCGGACAGCUGGCGUGUUAUGAUCAGGCCAAGCAGCUGGUGUUGGGCACGGGACUCAUGGGAGAUAAUAUAAUCACACACUUCCUGUCCAGCUUCAUCGCUGGAGGUUGUGCGACGUUCCUCUGCCAGCCGCUGGAUGUUAUAAAGACGAGAUUAAUGAACUCUAAAGGAGAAUACAGAGGUGUGAUUCACUGCCUGACUGAAACUGCCCAACUGGGACCACUAGCCUUCUACAAGGGUUUAGUUCCGGCCGGGAUCCGCUUGAUUCCUCACACGGUCCUGACCUUCAUCUUCCUGGAGCAGCUGAAGAAAUACUUCGGCAUCCAGGUGGUCAGCUGAACUUUGACCUCUUGACCGUUUCCCUUUGGCCUCCUCUUGAAGCUGCUCUCACUUCCACAAUAUUAUUUCUGGAAAAUCUCACAUUACUCAGUCAUAUCCAAGUUCACAAUGCAGCCAGACCAACAUAACGACAGAUGAUUCCUCACUAUCCACGUGCCAACCCUUCAUGACGCUCAUCUGAGAGGAGAGCGGGAUCUUCUUGGAAUAAACGACUGUACACUCAUCUCUUCUGGGUGAGCUUUAGACUAUAGAUGUUAUCUAUCAGGAUAGAUAUGUUGUUGUUGUUUUUUUUUAGUUAAUGAAAUGAUUCAGAUUUUUAAAUUAUUUUUUUUUUUAUAAAUGCUGUUCUUAAAUCCUUGUUUAGCAACACGAUGAGGCAUUUUAAAGGAAGAGUUCAGUCAUUAUACCAUCAUUUACUCACCUGUAUUUUGUUCCAAACCGGUACAAUUUAUUUAUGCUGAACAUAUGUUUUUGUUUUCCUCUGAAUAGUGUUCAUGCAACUCUUUUCCAUUUAUUAAAUUGUUUUGUUAGGGUGAGUAAAAUGAACUGUUCCUUUAAGACAUAAGAUGCACACAAACAAAAUUGCCUAUAUCGCUUUAAGGUUUUUAAAUGGUUAUAUUCAGUCUGUAUGUAUUGUGCUAAACUGUUUUAAUGGUACAAAUUCUGUAUUUUCGACUGUUUGCUGGGUUCGAUUGACAGAAGGGUCAGGGGUCACCGUAUAAGGGGACAGAAUUAAACCAAGUUUUACUUUUAUAACCAAUUUGUGGAGCAAGAAAACAAGAAACAACUGACUGAUGGGGACCCAGUAGUGUAUCUGCAAUGUGAAAGAUGAGUCAAACUUCUGUACUUGAUGCUAUGCUUUCAGUUGUCAUUAUAUUUCUGUUCUUUUUGUAAUGUUUCUGCUGGAAAACUUACGAUCGGCACGGAUCCUGCCUCAUCUGUUACUGAAAUAUUGUAAGCUCUACUGUAGUUUCUGCAAAUGUGCAUGUAGUUGUUUUAGUGCUGAGGUAAUGGGGGCAUUUAGUGAGUAAGUUGCACAAAUUAAUUGUAUUAAUUCAGUUUUGUAGUUUGGUCCUGAAUAUCUGGACUUAACCUAAAAUAAUAAAUUUAAAGUAUAUGCUUAGUUUAGGGUAAGUUGGUAAAUUACCAUAUUGGUAUAUGCUUAAAACAGACUUUUUUACACUAAGAAUGAAAUUGAACACUGGAGAAGCCUUAUCUAUCGGUGUCCAGCAGAGGGCGCUGUCGUGCAGUGAAUGUGUGCGCAUGCGUGAAAGCGCAGCAGAGGGUUUGAAAGCGAGUUUAAGUGGGUACAAAUAGUUUGUUUUUCUACAAAUUUAUUUGUAGUUUAGGAUUUGAAAUGGAUGGUUGAACUGGUUGUUUGCUUGAACGGAGUGGCAUUGAGCUGCUCUCUUGAGAAAAAUGCAAAUAUGCAAACUAAUGCAAUUUUGUCUCAUGAGAACUGUAUUUUGCCUAAAAUGAAAAUGUAUGGAAAUAAAAGUACUAACACAAGAAAA